AUGGCCAAGUUCUCUUUGGAAAACCAAGUUGCGCUCAUUGCAGGCGGAUCCCAAGGCCUGGGUAAAGAGUUCGCUCGAAAACUAUACCAAGAGGGUACUAAUAACACAGUGAUCGUGGUGAGCAGGUCUCAGGACAAACUGCAGCGCGCAGUGUGUAGCAUCACAGGUCUCGAGACGGCGUUGGAGUUAUCAGAGGAUGCUAGAAACUUACAACAUGAACAGCAGCAAAACCGUAUAUUCUUUGCGUCUUGUGACCUCGCGGAGUACGCCCAGGUCGAGAAGCUGUAUGAGCUACUGGCCGCUUGCGAAAUCGUACCUACACAGGUUUUUCUAUGUGCCGGUGGGUCUACCCCUGGUCUAUUCAAAGACCUGAGUGGUCGUGAGCUCGAUCUGGGCGUCCGCGUCAACUACAUGACUUGUGUGAAUCUUGCUCACAUAGCUGUGCGGAAAUGGCCUGGAAGUCACUUGGUCUUCUUCUCAAGUGAGGUUGCCUUCUUCCCCUUUAUUGGCUAUUCACAGUAUGCUCCGCUAAAGCAGUCUAUCAAAUCACUGGUUGCAAUUCUACGCCAAGAGUGCGCCCCACAGCGCAUUUCUUGUGUAUACCCAGGUAAUUUCGACAGCGAAGGCUACGCCCUCGAAAACGAGACCAAGCCAACUAUUACUAAAGAGAUUGAAGGGCCAUCAGAUGCGAUCUCGUGCGCCGAAUGCUGUGACCGUAUAUGUAAGACCCUAAAAGCCGGCUACGACGAUGUGACAACAGACUUUAUCGGCUGGGUGCUCAUGAGCACUGACAUGGGUUUAAACAAGCAAAAUAAUGUCUCCUUCGGUUGGCCUUUACAAUGGCUCCUUGGGAUUUUCGCAAACCUCAUCAUAGUCCCGAUAUACAUGCUCAUCUGUAAGUUCCAGAUCAGACAGUGGCGUAAAUCAUGCCAAAAGAAGAACUGA